AUGGAGCGACUGGCCCAAGGUACCGCCCCUUCCGCUUUGCGCGGGUCUCUCAGCGCUCCGGACCGAGUGGCCUUUAACCCCGGAAGUGAUGUCUCCUGCGUCCCUCUCCUCAAGAUGGCUGCCGCCGAAGAAGACGAGUUACCGCUGCCGCGGCUCCCUGAACUGUUCGACACCAGCCAACAGCUUCUGGAUGAAGUGGAAGCAGCGGCUGAACCCAUGGGCUCCCGGGCGAUCCAGGAGAAGGUCUCGAAAGGGCUCCACGUCCUGAAGCAGGCUUCCCAAAUGUUAACGCAGCUCGACUUGUUCAGCCGAAAUGAAGAUUUGGAAGAGAUUGCUUCCACCGACCUGAAGUACCUGAUGGUGCCAGCAUUUCAGGGAGCCCUCGCCAUGAAACAAGUCAACCCCAGCAAGCGCCUAGAUCACUUACAGGAAGCUCGGGAACACUUUCUAGACUACUUAACUCAGUGCCAACUCUAUCAUGUGGCAGAGUUUGAGUUGCCCAAAAUCAAGAACAACUCAGCUGAAAAUAACACUGCUAGUUCCUCCAUGGCCUAUCCUAGCCUCGUUGCUAUGGCAGCUCAAAGACAGGCUAAAAUAGAAAGAUACAAGCAGAGGAAGGAGAUGGAGGAUAGGUUGUCUGAAAUGAAAUCUGCUGUGGAAGGUGGUGAGGCCGAUGAUGAGCGUGUUCGUGAGUAUUACCUCCUUCGCCUUCGAAGGUGGAUUUGUAUCAGCUUAGAAGAGGUUGACAGCAUUGACCAGGAGAUGAGCAUCCUGAGAGGAAAAGACUCUUCAAAAGAGGCAUCAACUUCUCGCUCAUCUCAUCAGACCAGGCCUCCAAUGAAACCCUUCAUUCUCACUCGGGAUGCGGCCCAAGCCAAAGUAUUUGGAGCUGGUUAUCCAAGUCUGGCAUCUAUGACAGUGAAUGACUGGUAUGAACAACAUCGGAAGAUGGGAGCUUUACCGGAUCAGGGAAUAGCCAAGACACCAUCAGAGGUCAGAAGAGCAGCUCAGCAACAGGAAGAGCAGGAGCCAAAGGAAGAUGAGGAGGAUGAGCAAACGCUCCAGCGAGCUCGGGAGUGGGAUGACUGGAAGGAUACCCAUCCUAGGGGCUAUGGCAACCGCAAGAACAUGGGUUAGUCUCCCCACAACAAGACGGGACUCCAAGGGUGCACGUCUUCCCCUCCCUGGGCUCCGGCUUCAGCUCUGUACCACGAAGACGCUGAAUCCUGCUUUGCAUUCAAUAAAGUGUCAAGGAAUUACAUGUGUAUUUGUUCCCUAGAU